GUGUGCUAUAUGUCCAGAUAGGCGCUAUUUGGGAUUCGGUCUGUCAUGGAGGUUUAGAGCUGUUGCGCCUCAGACAAGUUCUCGAGCGGAGAGAUAUCAGUCCAGCAGCGCGCAGAAGAGAAGAGGAGAAAGGGAGGAGAGAAGAGAAGAGAAGAGAAGAGGAGAGGAGACUGGAUAGGGGGAUUCAGGGGAUUUCUUUUCUUACCGAAACGGACAAAGUAAAGGAUCCAUCAACAGUCAUGGCUACUGAAACGACGUCUUGUACGGGCUCCACUUUGCUGAAGCCCCUCAGCGACAUGGUUGACCUUCCUUUAGAUCAGGUGAACUUUGUGGCCUGCCAGCUAUUUGCUCUGAUCACGGCCUGCUGGUUUCGGCUCUAUCUGCACCCCAGCAAGACCAGUCCCUUUAUCCGGCAUGUCGUGGCCACACUGCUGGGCUUCUACCUGGCCCUCUUCUGCUUCGGCUGGUAUGCGUUACACUUUCUGGUCCAGAGUGGACUUACGUACGGUAUCAUGAUCUUCACUGGGGUGGAGCACAUGCACAGAUACUGCUUUGUGGUUGCUCUGGGCUAUCUCACCCUCUGCCAGAUCACCCGGGUCUAUGUUUUCGACUACGGCAUGUACUCGGCAGACUUCACCGGGCCCAUGAUGGUAAUCACUCAGAAGAUCACCAGCCUGGUAUUUGAGAUCCAUGAUGGUCUAAUAAAGAAGGAAGAGCAUCUCAAGCCAACUCAAAAGUAUCUCGCUGUCAGGAAAAUGCCAAGUCUUCUCGAGUAUUUGAGUUAUAACUGCAACUUCCUGGGAAUCCUGGCGGGUCCCACAUGCUCCUACAACGAAUACACGGCCUUCAUCGAGGGCACGGGUUACCAGCACAAACAUGUGGAGUCAAACGGCAAGGAGAAUGGCAAAUUCAAGCAGAGCGACCCCUCGCCUAAGAGAGACGUACUGGUGAAGCUGGGCACUUGUGCUCUUUGCCUGCUGGUCUACCUUAUGUUCUAUCGCAUAUGUCCUGUGGAUCGCGUCAUUGACGACCCAUACAUCAACUCCCAGCCCUUUUACCUGCGCAUCUUCUACCUCUACCUGUCCAUGCUCUGUCUGCGGCCUAAGUACUAUUUCGUAUGGACACUGGCUGACGCGAUAAACAAUGCUGCUGGUUUUGGCUUCAACGGUUACUAUAAAGACGGCACCCCAAGAUGGGACCUGAUAUCAAACUUGAGAAUACUGGACAUAGAGCUUGCGACAAGCUUCAAGACAUUCCUCGACAACUGGAACAUUCAGACAGCACUUUGGCUUAAAAGGGUAUGUUAUGAGCGCUGUCCAUACCACCAAACAGCAGCCACCUUCCUGCUGUCCGCUAUAUGGCACGGGGUCUACCCAGGAUAUUACUUGACCUUCGUAACAGGCACCGUCAUGACACUGGCAGCCCGGGCAGUAAGACAUAACGUAAGACAGUACUUCCUGGGCUCCUCUACACACAAGCUCAUCUAUGACGUGAUUACGUGGGCCAGCACGCAGAUCGCUAUAUGCUACACAGUGGUACCAUUCGUAGUGUUGGCGGUUGGACCUUCACUGAAGUUUUACUGGUCAUGGUACUACCUUCUGCACGUGAUCUGUGCCCUGCUGGUCCUAGCCCUUCCUGUGAAGCACAGGUCAUCACGUGAGAAGCUGCAGGAAAAACAGAACCGGCCAGCAGAGGCGAGCGACUUCUCCAGCACAGACAGCAACUGCAACCAGAAAGAGAAAACGUCCUGAAAGAUCCGGACGCACACGUCCCUCCACCUCGUACAACUCAGAGCUGUGGAGAACUCGCAUCAAGACCGACGAGCCAGAGCGGCUCUUUUCUCUCCCUCCAACCUAACCCGAAAGGGAUGUUACUAAAACGUGAUUAAGGACAGAUGAACGAGUGCGGUGAGCCUCAGAGAAUGACACUGGGGCUGAUUGUGCUUCAGUUUACAAUGGGGAAAAAAAAUAAAUCCUUGGCCAGUUCGAGGCUUUAAUUGGUCGCAGUGAUUUGCUAACAAGAGGAAUCGAUUGGGUCUUAAUGGAGCUUAACAAAUACAAGUUGCCUUAAAAACCCUCUAUUUACUAUCCAGUGCUCAGCAGACUGGCAUUCGAGGAAGGAACAUUUGAGACCAGCUCUCGCAGUACUUAGAGGGUUUUGUUUUAACCAUCAACUAUUCAACAAUAUACUUGUUUUUUUUUUGGUUUGUUUGUUUUUUUGUGGGGGGUUUUGAUAAAGAAAUUGAUUUGAUGCCAAUCUCUCAUAAGCCUUAUAGCUUCCUGUUUUAAGCGGUGGUCUCUUCUUUAGAUGAUCUUGCUCUGUUGAUCUGUUCAAGACAAAUCUGCUGCUGUCAAACUUCAUUUGGAACGAAGGGAAACUUCCUUCUAAACGAUCGUCAUUUCUUUUUAUGGGGUUUGUUUAAGGGCUUUCUGUUCAAGGAAACUCACUUUAGAAGCUUUUCGCGUCUCUGCCAUUACAGUCGUUAUCGUCUGACGUCACCGAGACCGUGUAUCGUGGUGUAUUUGCUAGGAACUUAGAGCUUUUUACAGUACAACCGGAUUUUUGUAUUCUAGAUUCUUUUUUCUACAGCUGCACGUUAAAAGGAAGGACCGUCGCAUCGUUUGCGUCCUUGUUUACUAUUACGGCGUACGUUCAGCAUCGGUCUAUAUCCAACAGUUCAGAUCAAAUUUGAUCAGGAGUCUGAGGGAUGUUUGGCACUUGGGGGUCUUCAAGGACACCUUGGUCGAGUGUUUAGUCUUAUGGUUAGUCCUACGAUUUGUUUUGUACGUGUAACGGUGGAAAGGCCCAGCGGAUGGGAAGUAGAAGUGUUAGCAGCAGAUGCAGUAGAGAUAUCAGUAGUGUUUGAGUUAAACAUCACAGUUGAGAUUGACAAGAUCGAAACAACAAGUUUUAGUAAGAACAUGCACAAACAAACCGGCGUGGCAAAUACAGAAGCACAUUUCUGCGACAUUAGAAACACAUUUCCUUCAGCAUCUCGUUAUUACGAGAAAAGCAUCUUGAAACUACAAGACAUAAAGAAAAAAAUUAUUAAUAUUACAAGAAAACCAAUUCAGAUUAUGAAAAAAAAAAAAAUAAAAUACAUGAAAGCCUAGCUAUUAUGAGAAAAUUAUAGGAUAAUUAUUUUUGAUUAUUAUGUUAUCAUGAAAACUAUUUUGUUAUUGCGAUUAAUUGUUUUUUUAAUAAUUGUUUUUCUUAAUAAUAAGCUGUUUUUCUAUAAUAAUGUGAUCUUCAUUAUGAGCUUUUCUCAUCAUAAUAACAAGAUUUUCUCAUUGUUUUAUGUAAUGGUUUCUCCUAAUAAGAGGAAUAUUGUCUUGUAACAAUGAGAUAUCUUCCACAACAGAAGAUUUCUUGUAAUAACGAGAUGCUGAUGAUAGAGAUCGUGUUGCAGGAAUGUACUUCUAUAAGCUCACGCUUGGCCAGUUAAUAAGUAGCUGAUUGAUUAUGCCGUAUGUAUUGGUUUCCGUAUCCGAUAAUGUAAAACCAGCCAUCAGGGAACUUUUUAGUUUACAGUAACAUUAUAUCGUAUUUCCAAUCUCCUGUCUAGGUGAAUCGUUUACCCCUGUAUUUGACGCUUAUAUAAAUCCAUCUAUGUUCAAAUACCUAAAGACGUCAUUGUGUCGGAAUCAAACGAAAUGAAACACUUAGCUUUUUGACUUCGUUCGCUUAUCAGCACUGAGGAACAGCUGCCCCAAAGGCUGCAGGAAAAGAACCAGUAGAUUAUCUAUCGUUUAAGCGAGACAAGUGUUCCAACCACAUGACCAGCACAUCAAUGCCAAACUGCUUCGUAUGUCCAAAGUGCCAAAUCGCUGCACUGUGCACGCUAUCUGGCUGAAAGCACACACUCACUGUGUUUCCACAUUGCGCAACAGGGUGAGAGGUUUUGCACUAAACAAAAUUUGGAAGAAUGGCUCAUUUGGUUCUAGAAACGAAAGAUAUUUUUAACUAAAAGAAAAAUGAUUUAAAGAUAUGGAGAAAUUUCGGUUCUCUCUGCCAUUUUUUUUUUUUUUUUGCACUUUUAGGAGGACGUUGUGUGGCUCUGAAGGAGACAAUUCCAGAAUAAUACAGGAGAAUAUCAUGAGGAAUUCUUUUAUUAUUAUUAUUUUUUUUUUUUUUUGUUUGUUUCUUGAAAUGUUGCAGUGGUAAAAAACACAGAAUUUAAAGAUUAAAGAUAACAUUACAAUGCAAAUUUAUAUCAAGAAGGUUUUUUUUUUGGGUGUGUGUUAUUUUUUAUUUUUAUUUUUUAAUGUAUAUUCAUAAAUGCAGACCAUGACAUUGUCCACAUCUUUAAGUUUGAAUGUGUGUGAACAUUUGUCUGGUGUAUAUACUGACCAUUUGUUCGAGUUUGUGUUUGUCGAGCCUAACAGCUGUUUGUCAGUCAGAUGUCCGGCACUUUGGCGAGCUCCGUGUUAUGAGUAUAUCGUCACCUGGUUUUAUUCUGCUACUGGAAUGGAGUCCUAGUCAUAUGUUUCACACUGUCAUCUCUCACAGGACAUCCAAUGUGUCACGAAUGGAAGAACGUGCUGAGAGUCUACUGUAAGUCAGGAUCAGUUUUUCCACCCCCACUUUACCGGCCACUUUAUUAGGAACACUCACUGAUGCAGCGUUCUCAUCAGCCAGUCAUGUGGCAGCAGCACGACACAGAAAAAGUCAUAGAGAUGCAGGUCAACAGCUUCAGUGAUAUUCACAUCAAACAUGAAUAAAGACUAUGUGUUAGCUAUGUGACUUGAACAGUACCAUGGCUGUUCGAGUAUUUCACAGAACUGUCACUCACGCAAUGUUUUGGGGUUUUUUUUGUGGAGACUUUUGUGUGUGAUAAUCCCAGGAAUUCAGCAGUUUUUCAAUCACAAGCCACGAUCACAGAAAUCCCACUUUUUCCUCAUUCCGAUGGUUCGAUUUGAACAUUUACUGAAGCUUUUAGCCUGUAUCUGCAUGAUUUUAUCCACUGCAUCGCUGCUGCCACACGACUGGCUAAUUAAAGAGUUGCACAUACAGUAUAAAGCAGGUGUUCCUAAUAAAGUGGAACAUCAUAUAGAAAGCCGCACAAGUAUUACACAGUGUCCCCUAAACUGAUUUUAAUCCAUUAUAUGUAGUUAGUGUUUACUGGCUUAUCAGGUUUGUCUUUUCCUUGACUGUUAUAUCAGCAGGUUCGAGCGCUGAGACUAAACUUCGGCUAAAGUGCAGCUGAGAUGUAAGUCCAUAUGUAGAUCUAAUAAAAAGCUAAAUGUGUGAUGUUGCAGCAAACGUCCAAAAACCUGAAUGAACAGAAAGCCAGUAUCACAGCCAGCAGAUGGCAGAUGGGCAGGUCAUUUAUUGUGUGUCCCAAAAACCUUUAUCUGUUGUAUCCAUUUAUAUAAAACCUGUACACUUUUUUACGACUUUCACAUUUUUUCUCAUCAUGAUAUCAGGCAUUGCAUGAUGGAUACGAUACCUUUGCUCUGGGACAGGGUCGGUUUGUUAGUUGCGGUCCACAAUGCAGUUUAUGGGUUGUUUUAAUUUUGAUUUUUUUUUUUUUGUCUAUGUGCUUUGACAUUUCUGCAAAGCCCAAAGAUGUCUUUUUAAAUUUGUAAUGUAUUGUGAUUACUUAUUAUUUACAUCAUGAUCAUCAUAAUGUCAGAUGGAGAAUAAACAAUGUUUGCCUUUGUGGGAUUUGUUUAACCAUUGUCAGUCUUUUUUCUGGGGAAUGAUCAAGAAUUUAUUUUAUUAUUAGUAUUAUUAUUAUUAUUAUUAUGGUUUUUUUUUUUUUGUUUUGUUUUUUUAAUCUGGCUGACCAUUAUUCUGAGAUUGUUCUUCACACGUUUUUUCUAAACACUGUGAUUUUUACCUCAUCCAGAUUAUAUUUUAAAGAAAUAACUAUAACAUUCUAUCGAGUCUAGGAAGUCGCUCCAUCCUGUAUCGUACGUCUUGUGUGUUUUGGCAGUGAGCUACUGAUUUAAUCAGAUG